AUGGACGACGACUAUGUCGCGCAGCUCAUGGCAAAGGAGGCCGCAGAGAGCUCCAAGAAGUACUCACUGGAGGGUCUUGGGGCUUAUAACUCGCAAAAACGAUCUGUCAAUGCGCCCAAAGCCAAUACUCGGUUCCUCCGACAUCUGAUCAAAGAGACGGAUAAUCAUAACACGGCCUUGAAACGGAAGGAGGAGAGAGAUGCGCGGGAGCGAAUGCGCCAGAUGAAGGACCAGGGCACACGCGAGUCGAGUUCUCAGAGGCUAUCACCAGCUCCUAGAGUUCAUGAACGAGAACGCCACUCUAGCACGAGAGCCUCGGACCGAUCCCACCGGGACGAUCGUCGACAUGACAGUCGACGCGAUGAUAAACGCAGUGACCAGAGCCGUUCCCACCGGAGAAGCCACCGGCAUCGCAGUCGUUCGCCAUCCUCGGACCGGGACCGCAGACAUCGGCGAAGACACGACCGCAGCCGAUCGAGAGAUACCCAUAGAGAUAGAGAGCGCAAGAGUCGACGGAGAGACGACGAUCGCGAUAGAUCUAGGGGAAGAGAUCGAGAAGCAGAGGAACGACACAGUCACAGGUCAACGACUUACCAAAAGCGAACACACUCAAAGUCUCGCAGUCGUUCCCCACGUCGAGAUCGAAGCGCUGAGCGUCACCGCAGCCGACGUCAUUAUAAAUCCCCCUCCGGGCCCUCCGGGGCCCGAUCAUCAACAUCAGACAGGAAAGAAGGACGACGGCCGCGGAGUGACAAUAACACACGAUCUUCCCACGAGUCAAAAUACGCAGCUUCUCCCGAUCCAGUCGACAAAAUUAUCAAUAAACCCGAGCCUUCGAUCCAGCGACGUGAUAGGGAAGAAUCAGACCCUCUUGAAGAUAUGUUCGGUCCUCUUCCGCCUCAUACAAACGGGGAAUCUGCUGCACCGGUUCGUUCGCGUGGUCGGGGCGCCUACAAAGCUAGCUCAAGCAAUAUCGACUCCCAUUUCGCCGCAGACUACGAUCCUACAGUUGAUAUCCAGCCCGAUGAUGACCAGCCAUCGUCAAACCAGCCAACUAGACGCCCCGUUGCGGGCCUUAUGACGGGGGAAGAUGAUUGGGACGCGGCACUUGAGGCCUUGCGUGACCGCGCAAAAUGGAAACAGAAAGGAGAGGAGAGACUACGGGAGGCCGGUCUGAAUGAAACGAUUAUUGAGCGGUGGAAAGAGAAUACAGCCUCCACUGGAACGGGCGGGGAGAAGAGGCCGGAAGAUGUACGAUGGUCGAAGAAGGGGGAAGGCCGUGAAUGGGAUCGAGGCAAAGUCGUCGACGACCAGGGACACACAGAUGUCCAUGCCUUGUGGUAG